AUGAAUUUGAAUAUCCAAUCUCGAUCAAAUAAUAAUAGUAAUAGUAAUAGUAAUAGUAGUAAUAAUAGUUAUAGGAAGAUGAGAUUACAUCGUAUAUUGACUAUAGCAAUUGCAUUGAUUGCUUUAGUAUUUGUUGCUUCAAUUGAAGCAAGAGUAUCUCUACCAGAAUUACAACAACUAGUUGACUUUACCAAAGAAUCACGUGCAUCUGGUGCUUCAUUGGGCAUUCAAUCAUUAUUAAACAACUAUGCCGACGAAAAUACCAAUAACCUUUAUUCAACAUUUGGUGUUGGUGGUUCAUCAUCUGAAUCAAUUUCACAACAGUGUGAAGCGGAUUUAUACGCUCUAUCAAAAUUCAAAUAUCCAAGUUCAUUUGAAGUAAUUGAAGCAAGUGGAAAAGGAUUCUUUGAUCUUGGAAACUAUGACAAUUGUUUGAGUUUACCAAGCAAUGUUUCACAAUAUUGUGCGGUCACUACAAACAAUAGAUAUGUUACUGCUCUGUCUGCAUUGUGUCUACCCUCUUCAUGCUCAGAGGAUGAUGUGAAUAUGGCAUUGUUAACAUUAUUCAAUUUGACUGGUAUGACACCAUACUUGAAUGCAAUGGGGUUGUCUGGAGGUUUCGAUAUCCAUUGUUACUCGGGUGACCAUCAUACCGACAAGUUACCAAUGACUGCUGGUCCAAUCGUCAUGAUUGUUUUAUUGUCGAUUGUCGCUGCUUUUGUCAUUGCCGGUACACUUGCCGAAUACGCUUUGUUUACUCACAAAGCACUUUCUAAAAAGGAUGAAGAAGCUGGUGCAUCGUACCGUACAAGUAGUAAUAGUAAUGAUUGGGGUUUGAUUGGUGCAGACAAGAAUCAGGUUAAAGAUCAUUAUCACAAUACACCAAUUAGCUAUCAAGAAGAAAUGAAGGGUGCUGGUACAGGACUCCAAAUCUUGUUGGCAUUUUCGUUGAUCCAAAACUACCAUAGUUUCUCUAGUUCAUCUUCCGACAAGAAACACUUUGAUGUGUUGGAUGGUGUUCGUUUCUUCAGUACCUGUUGGGUUGUUAUGGGUCACAGUCUCCUCUUCAACAUUCAAAUGGGCUACGAUAAUUUAGAGUAUGUCACGACCAAUGUCAUCUCAUCUUUCCCAUUCUCCUUGAUCAGUGCCGGUGAAUUUGCAGUGGACACCUUCUUUAUGUUAUCAGGCUUCUUGGUGUUCCACAGCUUGUUGCAACAACUCGAAAAGGCGUCGUACAUUGAUGGAGCCAAAUGGAAGUUUUGGCUAAAGUACGUUGUACACAGAUUUAUCCGUCUGUCUCCACUCUACUUUUUCAUGUUGUUUGUAUUUUGGAAGUUGUCUCCACAAUUUGGCUUUGGACCAUGGUGGUUUGGAUACAAUGCCGUUACAUUUGGUUGCGAUCAAUACUGGUGGACCAAUUUAUUGUACAUCAAUACAUUGAACCCUCCAACAAUGGGGAACGAGUGUAUGGCUUGGUCUUGGUACUUAGGAAAUGAUAUGAUCUACUAUAUCUUUGUCGCUCCCCUCGCCGCACUACUCUACAAAAAGAACAAAAAGUAUGGUGUUGCAUUUGUACUGGUGCUCAUCGCCAUCACCUUUACCACUAAUUUCUGGAUCACCAUGAAGUAUGACUUGGUUACAUUUUUCGAGUUUACUCAAGAGAGCGGUCAAAUCUCUAACUUUACAACCGAUAUCUACCAAAAACCAUGGACUCGUGUUGGAGCCUAUGCCGUCGGUUUGGCCAUGGCCAUGAUCAUUGACACACCAGUCAUUAUGCGUGUCAUUAAAAAUAGAGCACCAGUUCGUUACCUAUACUAUGUCAUCGCACUUGGAUUAACCUCCUUUUUCUCAUUCAUCUCUUACGAUGCCUAUAGAGGUGAUGGAUGGUCAACUCUUCAAAAUGCAUUUUUCAAUGCAUGCGGACACACUGGAUUUGUCAUUGGUGCAGGUCUCUUUAUCCUCACUGCUGUCGCUGGUCGAGGUGGUAUUGUAGCUUGGUUCUUGGAACGUCCCAUCUUUAAGAACCUCUCUAAACUCACAUACUCGACCUAUAUUGUCCAUCCAAUGAUCAUUUGGACUAUAGCCUUUUGUAGAGUCACCUUAUUCCACUACAGCACAGUAAAUGUUGCCGCCACAACCAUCUCCAACCUUGUAUUUGCAAUGGCCGCUGCCUUUUUAGUUCAUCUAACAAUUGAAAAGCCAGCAAUCAAUUUGGAGAAAUUAUUGUUCCAUCCAAAACCAACAGUCACCAAAUAUUCUCUAUUAAAUUAA